AUGGCGACCCCGGGAGUGGCGGUGCUGCUGUCGUGGCUGAGCUGCUGCGGCUGGGCCUUGUGGAGGUAUUCCAGUAACAGCCCGAACUAUCUCAUUUUUAGUACCAGAAGUACUAUUAAGUUAGAGUAUGAAGGAACAGCAUUUUCUGAGUGGAGUGUGCCAGAAAGUUGCUCUAUCCAAGAUAAAAGGUCUCCCAGGACAGAGUUGCGUUGUUCUUCUCCUGGUUUUCAAGCUAUAAAACCAAUUGUUACAGGCCCAGAAGAAGAAGAACGCAAUUUGUAUGUGCAUGAUUCUUAUACUUGCUUUUUGUGGUAUUUUAGAGUUAGUAAUCUCUUUCACAACUUAACCCAGAUUAUUAGUAUAUGGAUUUAUGAUCCAGAAAACGCAGAUCCUGAAGAGCUACUGUGGAAAGCAGAAGAACCUUCAUUACAUUCCAUAGUGCUAAGCAAACAGUUGGCCAUUAUGGGACAGAAACCAACCAUACAUACAGUUCUACAGAGAAAAACUUACUUUCCGUAUGAGGACCAGAGGAAAGGGAUCUGGCACAUUUUAGUACCGAUGACAUCAGAUGAUGUGAUAAAGGAGAUUAAAGGGAACCAAGUAAUUUUUCAAGAUUGCUUCGUUGCAAAUAUGCUUUUUCUGCUAACUUUUCCUUUGGCAACUAUUUCUGAGAAUCCUGGUUCUUUACCAAUCUCUUCACCAGCUGGGAGUCAGCUAAUGUCUUCCUGGAUGGCCUGUGUUCCUUCAUAUGUUGUUGUGGUCACUGAUAUGGAGACUUUUCAAACAAAUGAUUCCUUCCGUACUUGGACCAAAAUCAGAGUGCCUCGAAACAGUCUGAGAGACAGUGAAAGACAGAAUGUAACUGGUGUGAGCCUAUCACGGGAUGGAAUAUAUUUUCUCAUAAAUGGCUUUCUUUAUUUAAAAAAUCAUCAUUCAUUUAGAAAACUAGGAAAAAAGCAAAACCUUCCUAGUGGAAUUAUUGGCAUUAAAUCAAGAAAAUGGUGCUGGGUCAAAUAUAUGUUCAAGAAUAAAGGAAGAAGAAGCCGUAUGGUAGUUUGGACAGAAAAUGAAAUUUACCUUGGAUACUCUUCCUUUAAAUACUUCCAAGUAGGAACCAUAAAUGAACUGAAAAGUCUUCUAAAUGUGUCGCCAGCUGCCACUCUGCGGAUACACAACGUUGAGUAUUCAGCACACCCUGUGGAACUUGCUGUGUUUUUAAGUUACUGUACCACAUGCACUGUCACCAAGAAGAUUUGCAUGGUGAUAUAUAAUGAAGAUUUAAGACAGUGGGUGUUCCAAGACUUUGCACUAGAUAUCCCUAUUGACAGUUUUUUAGUUCCUCAUUUUUUGUUUUCAUCAAUGCCAGAAUUAAUACUCAGGGACAGACAUAAGAUCUAUUAUUGUUACCAAAAUUUCACUGUUACUGGAAUUGUACAGACCACUGCAGGACAUGGAAAUCUGUCUUUAUUAUCAGAUAACAGCAUUAUUCAUGACAUUUUUACAGAUUAUUAUGGGAAUAUUUUGGUAAAAAUGGAAAAUAAUAUAAUAUUUUUUUUCAAGAUUAAUACUAGAGAUGCAGUAAAGCUACAUGUAUGGCUAAGUGAUACAACAAAAACAUUAUUUAUGCUGGGUACAUCAGGUGAAAUAUACCUCCUGAAUGCUUUCAACAACGGCACAAUACAAGCACUGGAAUAUCCCUUAAAUCUGGAAAUACAAAGUAUAGCUUUUAAAACAGAAGACACAUGCCCAUAUUUUGCAUUUCAUAAUAAUAUUUUUCGUCGAUUUUACAUUUUGGACAAGAGAGAUAUCCUGAGACUUUGGGCUCAAAUAAUCUAUCCAGAAAAUGUUGGUCUGUAUAUUAUUCUGGAAACCUACGGCCCUCAAAUAUUAGAGAUAAAAGAAUACCUUCACUAUGAAAUUGCCUUAGGAUACAGCAUUAAAACUAUGGCGUUAGUGUUUUCUCAGAGUAUAAACUAUGAGGCAGUAGAUGAUUACUUCAAGUUGCAAAACGACAACACAGGUUCUGUGCUUGUUAAUCUUCGACCCAGUGAAUAUUCAAAAAUGUGCCCAGCAUCCCAUUGGGUAUUCCAAAUAUCUGUUGGCUGUGACAUUACUAAAAGCAUCCUGGUCAAAGGAUCUAGUAGAAACAGCUGUCUUCCCUAUGAUUUUUCUUAUGUGAUUGACAAGUCAUAUCUGAGGGGUCGACCAUCUAAAAAUUUGGAAGUAAAACAUAACUGGGAUGUCUAUGGCUGCCCUAUGAGGCUGCAUGUUUCAGAAAAGUUUCAACCUGUCCUUCAGUUAUUUAACGAUAGUGGCCACAUGGAAGACAUUCCAGUAAAUUUCUUAGUAUGGGAAAUACAUGGCAGGGAUGACUAUAGCUUUAAUAACACGAUGAAGCAGAGCGGUUGUUUGAAUGAAGCACAGACUUGGAAGUCAAUGACUGAGCUGAACAAGCACCUCCCGUUAGAAGAAGCCUGGGGACCUGAGAACUAUAAGCACUGUUUUUCUUAUGCUCAUGGAAAACCAGGAGACUUAAAUCAACCAUAUGAGAUUAUCAACAGUUCUAAUGGUAAUCAUUUAAUCUGGCCCUUGGAUCAUUCUGGAAUGUAUGUGUUUCGUGUGAAGAUACUGGAUCCAAACUAUAGUUUCUGUAACCUAACAGCCUUCUUCUCAAUAGAGACCUAUGGAGUGAUUUCCAGACCAAGUGGAUACCUGGUCGCUUCUAUCCUCUUUAUCCUGAUGCUACUGUUCUGUAGUAUUCUAGUUUUGAGCUAUUUCCGGUUUAUGACAAUUUAUAGACAAUGUAUUUAUGAGCCGCUUAACAAACCUCAAGGGAAACCAAAGCAAAAAUAG